AUGGCAACCAGAAACGCCCUCCGCCGCUCCCUCCUCUACAUCCCCGGAUCCUCCCAGCGCUUCAUUGACAAAUCGCGCACGUUAUCAGCUGACUGCGUUGCCUAUGAUCUCGAAGACAGCGUCACUCCGCACAAGAAGGUCGAGGCUCGCGGGCUGGUGCGGAGGGCUCUCGAUCAACCGGCGCCGGAUGGAAUUCGUGAGCGGGCGGUUCGUAUCAAUUCAGUUGAUAGUGGGUUAGCAUUGGGGGAUUUGACUGAGGUGCUCCAAUCCCCCAACCUCUCCACCAUCGUCCUCCCCAAAGUCAACUCAGCCUCAGACCUCACCUUCGUCACGGAUGUCAUUUCGCAUAUCCUCUCGCAACAAGAACAACAAGAACACCAACAACACCAACAACGCCCAACAAUUUCCCUCCUCGCCCUUGUCGAAUCCGCCAAAUCUCUAACAAAUCUCACCCAGAUCUGCUCUGCCUCCCCGCUCCUCCAGGGUCUGAUCUUCGCCGCAGAGGAUUUCGCGCUCGAUCUCAGCCUGACUCGUACACCGGCGCUCACUGAAUUCCUCUUCGCGCGGUCGAUGAUCGCAACCGCUGCGCGCGCUGCGAACCUCCCCUCUACGAUUGAUUUGGUCUGCACUGCGUACAAAUCUACAACUGGUGAUGGACGGCCGCCUGCUGCAUUGGAGGAAGAAUGUCGCGGCGGGAAGCAUUUGGGAUUCAAUGGGAAGCAAUGUAUCCACCCAUCGCAGGUGGAGACCGUGGAGCGGAUCUUUGGACCUGAGGAUAGUGAGGUCGAGUGGGCUGUGCGUGUGAAGAUUGCGGAUGAGAAGGCUGCUGCUGCUGGUUGGGGUGCCUGGACGUUGGAUGGGAAGAUGAUUGAUGUCCCGGUGGCUGAGAAGGCAAGGGCAAUUGUGAAAAAGGCUGAGGUUUGUGGGUUUAAUGUCCAUGAGUUGCGUGAGAAAUGGCAGCACCAGGAGCCGGAGUAA